AUGAAGACUUUUAUUCCCAUUGCACUCGCACUAUUUGGUGCCGCCAUUGCCGCACCAGUUCAACCACUGGACACCGACGAAUACAAGCGCUCCGAGGCUCAGAGCCCCGACAUUUUGUACAACAACCAGGCUGGCUGGGGGAAACGCUCUGAGGCUCAAAGCCCUGACAUCUUGUACAACAACCAAGCUGGUUGGGGCAAGCGUUCUGAGAAGCGUUCUGAAGCUCAGAGCCCUGACAUUCUCUACAACAAUCAGGCCGGCUGGGGAAAGCGUUCUGAGGACAAGCGAUCUGAGGCUCAGAGCCCUGAUAUCUUGUACAAUAACCAGGCCGGUUGGGGAAAGCGCUCUGAGAAACGUUCCGAAGCCCAGAGCCCUGACAUUUUGUACAAUAACCAGGCUGGUUGGGGAAAGCGUUCUGAGAAGCGCUCUGAGGCUCAGAGUCCCGAUAUUUUGUACAACAACCAGGCUGGCUGGGGGAAGCGCUCUGAGGCUUAA